ACAAGUGCACUGUUGCUGCAGCAUGAUAGAGCUUAUGUAUAGCUAUUCAGCUCUUCAAAUACUGCUAUACAGUUUCUGUAAUGCAUGCUUUUCAACAUAAGAGACAUCUCCUACGUGUGAAAGAGUUAAGGAACGGUUGCUCGGGGUGCUCUGAACAAUUUAAACAAUGCAAUAUUGAAAACGACUGAAUGUUUCAUCGAUACUACAGACCUGUACAAAUCUGCAGGGAUUGCUGCGCCGAAGGAUGUCCCUUAGCUCCACGUUUAUGUUAUCAUGAUUCUGCAUAGGAAGGAUGAUAAUAACAUCGAAUAAAUGGAAAACAGUAGUCUAUUUUAUCAACAGUAGGGAAGUUGCUUACGUUAUAUGUUGGAGUUGUUGAGUCAUGUAUAUUGCUGGAUGACACGAGUCAGGUGUUGGUUUGCUACAAGAUAUUGUCAAGUUUAACGGGUUUUUUUUCAUGCAGAAUUCUAAGAAAAGCGACUGUUUUCAAAUAAAGAAGUAUCCAUUCGGCAACAUAAGUAAUCCAGUCAUCUAUCAAUUAUCAGUAACUUGGUAUAACAUAGAAAGUGAAUUCUUGAACAGUAAAUGUUUUUGCUUUGUUACACCGUUAAAAAGCACCUCUACUUAAGAAGCCAGGACAAGGUGACUCGUGAUUUGACCGGUACCUGAGGAAUAUAUAGCUUUUUGGAAUGUGUGGGUGUUUUGUACAAGGAGCUAAUUUUUGACGGAGAGACCUAAAGAAAAGUGUUUGUACUAAUGACAGUGAAUGGAAAACCUUUCCUUUUAGUAUCAUGGAUGACAAAUCCAACAAGCUAAUCCUGGUCCCUGUUGUAUUCGUGCUGUUUGUGAUGAUAGGCUACCAGUACAUUUGCCCAGCAGGCAGUAACUCGUGCCACUUCAGGACUGGGGAGAAGGUAAGAGGGGUCACCCUUCCAUCUUCCCAAACCCCUGCGAUCUUCGAUUUCUAUAUAGAUCAAGAACUAGAAGACGAAAGCCCUCCCAAAUUUUUGCCUACAUUUAACUUCUCGGAAACAGAUCUGACACGCUACGCGGAUUUCAACAUCAAAGGGGAUGAUGUGAUCGUUUUCCUGCACAUCCAAAAGACAGGCGGGACUACAUUCGGCAGGCACCUGGUAAGGAAUAUUCGCCUGGAGCAGCCUUGUGACUGCAAGCUUGGGCAGAAGAAAUGUACUUGCCACCGGCCCGGGAAGAAAGAGUCCUGGCUUUUCUCUCGAUUCUCUACAGGAUGGAGCUGUGGGCUGCACGCGGACUGGACAGAGCUAACCAACUGCGUACCUGUAAUCAUGGACAAGAAGGAAACCCAGAAACCCCGAAGGAACUUCUAUUACAUUACAAUGUUGAGAGACCCAGUGUCGCGCUUCCUGAGCGAAUGGAAACAUGUCCAGAGAGGGGCGACGUGGAAGACAUCCCUGCACGUGUGCGACGGCAGAUCCCCCACGCAGGAUGAGCUGCCCACUUGUUACCUAGGUGACGACUGGUCAGGGGUGACCCUGCAGGAGUUCAUGGACUGUAUUUACAACCUGGCCAACAACCGGCAGGUGCGCAUGCUGGCAGACCUCAGCCUGGUGGGCUGCUACAACCUCUCGUCCAUGAACGAAAGCGAGCGGAACGAGAUUCUGCUGCGCAGCGCCAAAGAGAACCUCAAGAAGAUGGCCUUCUUCGGGCUGACAGAGUACCAGCGGAAAACUCAGUACCUCUUCGAGAGGACCUUCAACCUGACGUUCAUCUCACCCUUCACGCAGCUGAACAGCACGCGGGCCGCCAACGUGGACAUCGAGUUGCAGACGCGGCGGCGCAUCGAGGAGCUCAACUUCCUGGACAUGCAGCUCUACGAGUACGCCAAGGACCUGUUCCUGCAGCGCUUUCAGUUCACCCGGCAGAGAGAGCGUCAGCUGGAGAGGCAGAGGAGAAGGGAGGAGCGCCAGCUGCUCCGCGAACAGAAAGCGCACCGCUACAGGCAGCAGGCUGACAACAGUGUCACCACAGAGGACUACACUGGCCAAGUGGCGAGAUGGUGACAGCUUUUGUCUCAACCAUCAAAAUGGUCUUUAAAAUAUAACUGAAGAAUUAACAACUUUUGUUUUCAGCUCUUAAGUGUGACAUUUUAUCGAUUGUCCUCAUUCACAUGAAACUGCGGAGGCUGUGAUUAACACAGCUACCCUGCCUUUUGAGUACCCUUUCGUGUCUUAACUUUAAAAAUAGAUGUAUAAUAUACUUUUGUGACCUUCCCCUUGCUUACUACUGUAGUUAGUCAUUAUUAUGUAGAUUGUGAAGACUAUGUAUACACAGGAAAUUAAGCUUAAGAUGACAUUCACAAAAAGAAGGUGAAGAGUUUCAAGCCAAUGGCUGGUGAUAGUUAUUGUUCACCAGGUGAAAAAUGAUUUGGUUCUUACAGUAUGCUGUUAGUGUGAUUUUAUUUUUAUUUGUAUGCAAUAUGUAAGUGACUUAAACUUGGCCACAAUUGUGUGUGAUAAAUAAUAUAAGAUGCAGUAGCAUCACAAGGAGAUCUUACCGGAAGCUUGUCUUGUCUAAGGUGUUGCUUUAGAGUCUUUAUUAUCUGUUCCAGAGCACGUUUUUUUUUUUUUUCCAGUAACCGAAGAUUAAUGGAUAUUAUACUGGUCUGAAGCAGGUUUCUGGCACCUUUUCACACCACAGUAGCCUGAUCUUACAAUUGAUGAGUUGAUUUAUAACUGGCAUCUAGUCUUGUUAGAAGCACUGCUAGCUGCUCAGAAAUGACAGGCUGCAGUUUUACAUCAAUGUUGU